GCUGCAGUCGCCAGUCCACCGGCAACAGCACGAUGGCCGCCAACGCUCACAGACUGCUAGCCGCGAGCGCAACUCUCCUGCUGCUGCUAGCCGCCGUCACGGCACGCCCAGAAGAAAAGGGCGGUGUCAAGGGUGGCGUCAAGGGCGGCGACAAGGCCGGCGACAAGGCCAGCGCGGACGGAUUGGGUGAACGCUUCGGAGGCGGGCCCUUUACUCCAGAAAGUUUCAAGUUCGGAUUCGGCAACUUGGGCACUGGCUCGGGCAGCUUUUCUAAGUCGUCGUCGUCCUCGUGGUCGUCUGGCGGCGGCGGCGGCUCCGGAAGUGGCAGCCAGUCGGACAGCAGCUCAGGGUCCUUCGGCACUGGAGGCUCAGGCUCCGGCUCCAGCAGCGGGUCCUCUUCCUCUGCAGGCUCCCUCGGAGGUCUCGGCGGCUCAGGCUCUGGAAGCCACAGCUCCAGCCAGGCUGGAUCCCUGUCCGGAGGAGGUGGCAGCAGCUCAGGGUCAAAUUCGGAUUCGGCAGCAGGCUCUUUGGGAGGCGUCAUUGGUGGUGGUGACCUAGCUGGUUCAGGACCCUUUCCUGGACCUGGCUCAACUGGAAUAGGAGGUGGAUCAGCUGGUGGGCAUGGUGGAGCCAUUGGUGGUGGAAUUGGAGGCGGACCUGGUGGCUUAGGUCAUGGUGGACUAGGAGCAGGUGGUGUUGGAGGCGGCCCUGCAUCUGGAGGAAUUGAAUUUGGAGGUCCUAGUGGACAUGGAGGUAUUGCAGGUGGACAUGGUGGUGUAGGAGGAGGAUAUGGCGGUGUGGGAGGUGGACAUGGUGGCUUAGGAGGUGGACAUGGGGGUAUAGCUGGUGGUCAUGGAGGCCUAGGUGGUAGACCUGGAGGAAUAGCUGGAGGACCUGGAGGCAUAGUUGGUGGUCAUGGUGGAUCUGGUAGUUUUGGCGGUGGUAGCUCUGGCGCUGGAGGCUAUGGCACGUCUGGAUCUGGAGGUAUUGGAGGAGGAUUUGGAUCUGGAGGUAUUGGAAACAGUGCAGGUGCGUCAUCUGGUGGAUUUGGCACUGGUGGUGCAGUUGGUGGCACAGGAAUCUCUGGGGGUCAUGGUGGUGUAGGUGGCAUCGGAGGCAUUGGUGGACCUGGGCCAGUUGCUGGAGGACAUGGAGCUGGAGCUGGUGGCCAUGGAGCUGGAUCUGAUGGCCUAAUAUUUGGCAGUGGACCUGGAGGCUUUGGCCCAGGUGCUAGUGGCCCUGGAGGCUUUGGCCCAGGUGCUAGUGGACCAGGAGCCUUUGGCCCAGGUGCCGGUGGACAUGGAGGCAUUGGUUCUUCUGGUGCAAGUAGCUCUUCUGGUGGAAGUGCAGGAAGCCUUGGAGGAGCUGGCGGUAUUGGAGGUGGGUCAGGAUUUGGUGGCAUUGGUCACAGUGGUGCUGGUGGAGCAGGAGGCGCUUUAGGACACUCUGGGUCUGUUGGAGCAGGACAUGGUGUGGGAGCUGGUGGAGCAGGUGGUAUUGGUGGCGCUCAAGGAGGAUACUCAGGAAGUUCUAGUGGUGGUUCCUCUGGAUCUGGCGCUCUGGGUGUUGGUGGAGGAAAUUUGGGUCAUACUGGAUCUGGUGGAGUAGGUUUUGAACAUGGAGUAGGUGGAUCUAUCGGUGGAACAGGAAUUGGUGGCAUAGGGGGCCCUGUAGGGGGUGGCUCCCUGGGUCAUGGUUCUGCAGGUAGCCAUGGUGGAGCUGGAAGUGGCAGUUUUGGUGGUAGUGCAGGUGACUUUGGCACUGGAAUCGUAGGAGGUGGCCCUGGAGUUUCUGGGCCUGGCCUGAUUGGUGGUGGGCCUGGCCUGAUUGGUGGUGCUGGAGGUUAUGGUGGAUCUGCUGGAGGUGCUGGACUUGCUGGAGGCGCUGGACAUGCUGGUGGCAUUGGACAUGGAGGUCUCGGAGGUGGUGCAAUUGGGCAUGGUGGCGGCACUGGCUUGGACUCUGGCUCCUUAGUCGGUGGUGGGGCAGGACAUUCAGGAGCCGGUUCUUCAUCUGGAAGCUCAGCUGAUUCCAGUUCUGGUAGCUCUUCUGGAGGGCUCGGUGGCUCUGGUGGCAGCUCAGCUGGCUCUGAGGCAAGCUCUGGUAGCUCUGCAGGUGGUGGUGCUGGCGGUGGAGCAGGUUCUGGAGCGUCUUCGAGCAGCAAGGCCAGCUCCAGUGCAAGCUCUGGUAGUGGUUUUGGCCGAGAUGUAGAGGAGCUGGGUGUUAAGGGCCACGGCCAUAAAGGAGUCAAGGGUGGCUACCACUAGAAGUGUCUACCCUCUUAUUUUUUGCACACAUGUCAGAAAAUGUUUUCUAAAGUGUUUGAGCAAGACAUAAACACAUGUGUGUAACUAAGUACUAGUACAGGCUCAGUAUGAUGUCAUUUCAUAUACCCACUUCCCACUGUUUCAUAACUCACCGUUGCAUUUCAAAGAAAUUCUCGAACUGUAUCAGUUCUAAACUGCACAGAUUGAUAUGAACAAAAUGUCGAGGAAGUUUUGUAGUUGAAUCAGCUGAAUUUGUUGAUCAGUGAUUACAUUACCGCAUUGAUCGCAUAUAAUUGUUAUUUAAUUUGAUCAUACAGAAUACUGAUGUAUGAAUGUCGUUUGUGUGAGUUUAAAGAUACAGAACAUUGUUGAAAAUACAUUUUUGUUGUAUGACAUUGUUCUAAAAUAAAUUUUUUAUUACAUUUA